AGUCAGAAGAAGCGCAACCCCACUGAGGAACUCCAGCAAGACUUCACGCAUAAAAGCUUCAGAAUUUACGCACACAAGCCUCGCGACUGCACCAGCUCCUUUCGCACACAUACAUUAUGGGACGUGCAACUAACACUAGUUGACAAGGGGACACUUGGAUAGAGAGCGCGCGCAAAGCAUGGCUUGGAUACGCACAUGUUUUUUCCUGUCUUGUGUUGGUCAGGUGUUGGCAAAUCCGCCAACCGAGACGAGGAUAUAUUUGGAUAACAUUACGCGCGUUUUGGACAGAUUAUUAGAUGGAUAUGACAACAGACUCCGACCUGGAUUUGGAGGUCCUGUCACAGAGGUUAAAACGGACAUCUUUGUCACCAGCUUUGGUCCUGUUUCUGAUGUGGAAAUGGAAUACACAAUGGAUGUGUUUUUUCGGCAAACGUGGAUAGACGACCGGCUGAAAUUUGAGGGCCCCAUUGAGAUCCUGCGUCUCAACAACCUAAUGGUCAGCAAGAUCUGGACACCGGACACUUUCUUCCGAAAUGGCAAACGUUCUAUUUCGCACAACAUGACCACUCCCAACAAGCUGUUCCGCAUCAUGCAGAACGGAACUAUUCUGUACACCAUGAGGUUAACCAUCAAUGCUGAGUGUCCCAUGCGGCUGAUAAAUUUUCCAAUGGAUGGACAUUCAUGUCCUUUGAAAUUUGGCAGCUAUGCAUACCCAAUGAGUGAGAUUGUUUACACAUGGAAGAAAGGGCCGUUAUUUUCAGUGGAGGUUCCUCAGGAGAGUUCCAGUCUGCUACAGUAUGAUCUCAUUGGACAGACGGUGUCUAGUGAGAGGCUGAAGUCAAACACAGGUGAAUACAUAGUCAUGACGGUGUACUUCCACCUGCAGAGGAAAAUGGGUUUCUUCUUGAUCCAGACAUACAUCCCGUGCAUUAUGACGGUGAUCCUAGCACAGGUCUCCUUCUGGAUCGACAAGGAGUCAGUACCGGCCAGAACUGUGUUUGGCAUCACCACAGUACUAACCAUGACCACGCUGAGCAUUAGCGCUCGUCACUCGUUACCCAAGGUCUCCUAUGCCACCGCCAUGGACUGGUUCAUCGCCGUCUGCUUCGCGUUCGUCUUCUCAGCCCUUAUCGAGUUCGCUGCUGUCAACUAUUUCUCCACCUUGCAGGCCAAUAAGGAACUUCGGCGGGCCAACAUGGCCUAUGCUGCGGCCGGAAGUGAUGGAGAAGUUUCUACGAAUCCUCUGGACCCUGCAGGUGUGCUGAAGAAAAGGCUGAACUCUCUCUCUCCAAGAGAUGCUCCUGACAGGUUCUCCAGAGCACCACAGCCUGAUCUCCAUCAGCAAGGCUCCACUGUCCCUGCCAACAACAUGCUGGCAACUAGUAUUAUUGACAAGUACUCUCGCAUCCUUUUUCCGCUGUCCUUCGGGGCCUUCAACCUGGUCUACUGGAUUGUCUAUCUCACCAAAGACACCAUGGAGUCCAGGUAG